AUGAAUCUGGGGUUACACGCCUUGACGUUGUCGUUGUUUCUUAGUUCUAUUUUAGUUUACUGUGGUAGGGAUUUUUAUGCCAUUCUAAAUGUACCUCGUAAUGCAAAUAAAAGUGAAAUCAAAAAAGCCUACAGAUCACUUGCUAGCAAGCUGCAUCCCGAUAAAAAUCGUGAUGAUCCAAAAGCUGACCAAAAACUCCAAGACAUAAAUGAAGCUUACGAAGUACGUAUUCUGACCAAUAGAAUUGUCACAUAUAAACGAGGUCGUUCUAUUUUAGUUUACUGUGGUAGGGAUUUUUAUGCCAUUCUAAAUGUACCUCGUAAUGCAAAUAAAAGUGAAAUCAAAAAAGCCUACAGAUCACUUGCUAGCAAGCUGCAUCCCGAUAAAAAUCGUGAUGAUCCAAAAGCUGACCAAAAACUCCAAGACAUAAAUGAAGCUUACGAAGUACGUAUUCUGACCAAUAGAAUUGUCACAUAUAAACGAGGUCGUUCUAUUUUAGUUUACUGUGGUAGGGAUUUUUAUGCCAUUCUAAAUGUACCUCGUAAUGCAAAUAAAAGUGAAAUCAAAAAAGCCUACAGAUCACUUGCUAGCAAGCUGCAUCCCGAUAAAAAUCGUGAUGAUCCAAAAGCUGACCAAAAACUCCAAGACAUAAAUGAAGCUUACGAAGUUCUCAGCAAAGAUGACAAGCGUAAACUUUACGAUCAGUACGGUGAAGAGGGUCUAAAAAGUCAUGGAGAACAUGAUUUUAAUCCUUUUGGUUUUGCUCGAUCUCCGGAAGAAGCAUCGCGUGGAGGUGAUAUUGUUAUGGACUUGUGGGUUACCCUGGAAGAACUCUAUGUGGGGAACUCUAUAGAAGUGACUAGGCGUAAACUGGUCAAAAUGCCUGCACGUGGAACUCGCAAGUGCAACUGUCGUAUGGAGUUACGUACAACAGUCCUAGGCCCUGGUCGUUUCCAGAUGCACCAAGAACAAGUCUGUAGCGACUGCCCAAACGUCCAGUUUGUACCUGAGGAACGAAAUCUGUAUGUGGAAAUCGAGCCAGGAAUGAGAGAUGGGUAUUUUUAUCCGUUCGUUGGCGAAGGGGAACCUCAUUCUGAUGGUGAAUCAGGUGAUCUGAAAUUUCGUAUUAAACAAAAAAAACACAAUAUAUUUCAUCGACGAGGUGAUGACCUAUACACUAACAUCACUCUCACUCUGAUCCAAUCUCUGAAUGGAUAUCAUGUAACAUUUACACAUUUAGACGGCCAUCAAGUUGUUAUCUCAAGUGAUUAUGUAACCUCUCCAGGGACAAUUAUUCAUAAACCAAAUGAAGGAAUGCCUAAUUUUGAAAAUAAUAAGCGUCGUGGUUCUCUCUACAUUACAAUCGAUGUUCAGUUUCCUGAAAACUUUAAAAUUCCCGAAGAUAAACGUAAAAUGAUUACAGAACUUUUUCAUUCAUCCAGUACUAGCACCACCAAUACUCUUUCAUCAUCUCAGCCUGAUCAACCAACACCAGCCCAAAUUUACAAUGGUCUAGAUGGAGGUAGCAAAAAGAUAAAUGUAAAAAAUUAACUGUAUCGAUUAGGUUCUGUGUGAAAUACCCUGUUUGUGUUUUCCUGUAUUUAAGGAUCGUUGAUUUAUCCAACCUACUUUGUACAGCUGUUUUCUUCUACCCAUUUAUUUGUAUUUUUAUGAUAUUUGCUGUUGUAUUUGACUAAUUCUUAGACCUGUUUUUGAUUUUCUUAAAAUAUUCUCAACUUUGUGGAUGCAAGUACAAUUGAAUCCUGUUUUGUUUUUAAAAGUUGUUAAUAAACAUUAAGCAGAUUGAAUUGGUAGUUGAUUUUUUGCUUGAUAAAUGCCAAGACGAUUUAUUGCAACGAGUUAAUAGGUAAACAAUUUAACUCAUCAUUUUUGUCUAUGUAUAUCAAAAU